GGAUCGGAAGUCGGUCGAAUGAGCUGGCUCACCGACAGACGACGACGACGACGACGACGACGACGCGUUUGUGAGCCGUGCAAGUAAUUUUCGUGUACAUACUCCCGACUACUCGCUAUUCCGUGUGCGAGUCUGUUGUUUCUGAUCCAGCGGAAUACGAAUCGGAGCAAGUCGUGCGCAUAUCAGGGUGGGAGGCAGAGAGCUAGAAACGCGAGCACACAGGGAAAAUAGAGAGUUGUGUGAAAUUGAGCCGAGAGUACGAGUACAACGAGAGUAGAUAGAAGAGAAGAAGAGAAAUGUCCUCGAUGCCCAACGAUGCCGCACCAAGGCACAAGCGAGCUGCUGAAGCUUAGUGCGUGCGAGGUGUACGCGCAGGGACACGCUGCAGGUCCACUGAGGCUGUCACGUGCCCCUGAUAGAACGAAAACGAUGCCAUUGCCGUGUUCAAGGCACGUAAAUUCAGGUGGACCCUCGGAAGACUGAAGACCUCAGGCUCGGGUGGAAAGUUUGCACGAAAACGUAAGAAAUCUCACAGUGCCUACGGGAUCCAGCUGGUCCGUUCCUGUUCGACGCGUUUGCAGCCACGUGCGAGGACAACCGAAUAGUGAGGAGGUGGAGGAGGCGGAGAAGAAGCCGGUGGUGGCGGAGGUGGUGGUGAUCGAGGAAGGAGCGAACUGCUCCGGUUCCUCAAUCGUGCAAACAUGAGACGUUGGACUCUCAUGGCGGCUAUAGCCCUGGCUGCAUCGGGGCUGGUAAACGGCGGUUCUCACGAGAAACGGCUGCUAAGCGACCUGCUGGAUACAUACAACGUGCUGGAGCGUCCGGUUGGCAAUGAGUCCGAGCCCCUCGUGUUGAGCUUUGGCCUUACACUAAUGCAAAUAAUCGACGUUGACGAGAAGAACCAAUUGCUCAUCACAAACCUCUGGUUGAAAUUGGAAUGGAACGAUGUGAACAUGAGAUGGAAUACGUCGGAUUACGGGGGAGUGAGAGACCUCAGGAUUCCACCACAUAGACUUUGGAAGCCUGACGUUCUCAUGUAUAACAGCGCGGACGAAGGCUUCGACGGCACUUAUCCGACGAACGUCGUCGUGAAGAACAAUGGGACCUGCUUAUACGUACCGCCCGGCAUAUUCAAAAGCACUUGCAAGAUAGACAUUACGUGGUUCCCCUUUGAUGAUCAGCGCUGCGAGAUGAAAUUCGGCUCCUGGACGUACGACGGUUUUCAGUUGGACCUGCAACUGCAAGACGAGAGCGGAGGUGACAUCAGCAGUUUCAUCACUAACGGCGAGUGGGAUCUGUUAGGAGUACCUGGUAAAAGAAACGAAAUUUAUUACAAUUGCUGCCCAGAACCGUAUAUAGAUAUAACGUUCGUGGUUAUCAUCAGAAGGCGGACUCUUUACUAUUUCUUCAACCUCAUCGUGCCGUGUGUCCUGAUUGCCAGCAUGGCCGUUCUGGGAUUCACCUUGCCACCCGAUUCCGGCGAGAAACUUUCUCUAGGGGUAACCAUUCUCUUAUCCCUCACUGUGUUCUUGAAUAUGGUGGCCGAGACAAUGCCAGCGACUUCGGACGCCGUGCCUCUGCUGGGAACAUACUUCAACUGUAUCAUGUUUAUGGUGGCCAGCAGUGUAGUCAGCACCAUUCUUAUUUUAAAUUAUCAUCACCGGAACUCUGACACUCAUGAAAUGUCUGAAUGGGUGAGAGUGGUAUUCCUUUAUUGGCUGCCAUGUGUACUUCGUAUGUCACGACCUAGUGAUAAAGAAGAGAGGGAGGCACAAAAGUCUCAGAAACCGUCUCCAGUCACCGGUAAUUUAGUGACACGAAAAAGCAUCGACACAAGUGCUGGUAAGAGUCACGGUGACCUGGAGCUUCGUCAGAGGAGCAGCAAAUCCCUCCUAGCGAAUGUCCUGGAUCUCGAGGACAAUGCUCUGGCGUCCCAUAAUAAUCUCCUGAAUAACGUGUACAGUACCCCUGGCCCUCACCAUCACACGAUGGGCCAUGGGCAUAGUCACAUUCACACGACGCCCCAUCAUCAUCAUAGCCAUGCUGCAACACCGCAUCAUCAACAUUCAACGCCACUGGCACACUCCUCUUAUCCGGGGGCGAUUCAAAUCGGUCACACGCCGCAUCAUCAUCCACAUCCGCCAGAUACGCCAGGUCCCCAGGUCGAAACAAUACUUCAAAACGCGUGUUUCUGUGCCCGAAACGAGCUCAUUAUGAUCCUCAAAGAAAUUAAGAUAAUCACGGAUCAGCUGAAGAACGAGGAGUUGAACACCAAGGUGACGAAUGACUGGAAGUUCGCGGCGAUGGUGAUCGACAGAAUGUGCCUAAUCAUUUUUACUCUGUUCACCAUCAUCGCAACCAUCACCGUCCUACUGUCGGCGCCGCACAUCAUCGUCACGUGAUUUAGAAAAGUACAGAUAGCCGACUACACGUUGGCGGUCGACGAGGAUCGUGCGUUGCGCAUCGGUGCGGACGGCGAGGAACGCGAACAUGACGACGACGACGAUGACGACGACGACGACGACGACGAUGACGACGACGACGACGAUGAAUGAAUUUCUUUUAACCAUUUUUUUAUACUGAAUAAUUCAUUCUGAAUCGCGUCAGUAAAUUGAUGUUCGUAAGGAAAGCAAGCUUUUAUUGAUUCGAUGUU